UAUAUAUAUUGAAUAUCUGCGUAAUAUGUUUGCAUACUACUAUCUUGUAGUGUAGCGAUUUGAUGUCUGCAAAUUCAGAUAGUAGAUGUACCGCAGUGCAAUUUGAAUAUUAUCUUCAUUAAGUGUACGAAAACGUUUGACAAAUGUCGCGUUUAUAAUGCUCCCAGAAGCGAUUAUUACUCUGUUUCUGUUGAUUGCAUGUAUUUUAACAAUCGGGAUUAAUAUAUGUGUCUAUAAGUUUAAGGCAGCUGAUGAAAUAUUAUUGAAAUCUGUAUAUUUAACUAAUGAACUACAUAACUUUCCAUUUAUCUGCAACGAUUUGUCGUUGAGUCCUGACGAAGAUGUUGUUACGUUUAAUAUGAGAAAGAAACUUUUUGAUGUUUAUUUGCAUGACGACAAAUACGUUUGUAGCUUUCGGAACCUAACGGAACCAUUUCAAAAGGUUGUUGAGCGGAUAUCAAGACAUCGACUUGCUACAGGACAGGAAGGCACAAGAUAUCUUCAAUGUGGCAACAGGAGUCUGAGAGAGCCGUCGGGUCAUCGAAUUGCGGCAUUCAGAAGUGUGUCAAAACAUCAAACAAAAAAAGAUAGAGAGUCAGAAACUAUUAUUCACUGGGACAAACACCCAGAGCGAUCUUUCAUAUCUGAAGAUGUGGCAUACCAUAAAGGAGAAAUCAGAGUGUCCGAAGGUGGAUUUUAUUUCAUCUAUACAACUGUUAUGAUGAAUCUAACUAAACCUAUGGUGAACCUCGGUAAAAUGUACAGAUUUGCUCUAUAUGUUUGUGCAAACAGGGGAGGGUACGAGCGUACUCUUCUUAGUACUUUCAAAUCAUUUAACACAUCAUGUACAAAUGACGUCACUAAUAACAAAAUGAAUGACGCGACCUCGCUGUCAACUCGAGGCAAUGUUUAUAUCACAAAAGGCGAGAAAAUUUAUGUUAAAGUUGAAUACGCAAACAGAUUAAUCCUCGAUUCUGUCGGUAACACUUUCGGAAUAAUGCCAAUGUCUUAACAUGCACAGUCCGGAGGUGAAAUGGCUAAGGGGUCAUGACCCACCAACCUAGCUUAUAUUUGGUUUAAAUGUGGAACCUCUGCGAGCUUUGGAUAGGGAGUAUGCAUAACCCUUGACGAAAUUUGCGAAAAUUCCUGGAUCCGCGCCUGCAUAAAAUGACGUGUCACGAGCAAAAUUAAUAUAUACCGUAUCACAAGUUUUUGUCAGCAAG